AUGUCGUUUUGCCCCGCCGGAUUUGAAGAUUCAGACUCCGAUGAUGAGGGUUUUUUCAUGGGAGGUUCAAAUAGUUACAGUCCCAAAACGGUUAAUAACAAGCCAGAUGUGAAUGGUAUGACUGGUGCUUCAUCAAAGAACUUCUCUGGAAUACCUGCUGGAGCAGGAUUUUGCAAUCCACAUCCUGAAGACCUUGAAUUUGAAACAUCGAAAGCUCAAACGGAUGGAAGGAGAAAACAACACUCAUCUCAGAAAACAAGUGACAGUAGAAAUAACGGAGCGACUGGUCUCGGUAGAGGCAGAGGACAGCUGCAACAAAGGGGAAGAGGGAGGGGAGGGUUUCCAAGGCCUCCAUCAUCGUACAGUAAUAGGGGAAAAUCAUCAAGAAGGUUUGGACGGGAUGAAUAAUACCCGGGAAUAAUAUUACAUUGAUGCCUUCAUUUCAGUAGACUUAUCUAGCCUAACGCACCUCUCAAUCAACAAUGUUAUCCCUAAGGGGUGGCUGGGACCAUGGGCUGAGAAGGGAAUCAGAAAAUAAAUUUUUAGUCAAAUUCGCCCCUCCCCCUAAAUUUCAGGGCUGACAAAAAACUUGAAUUCCAGCUUGCUCUGUGGGCAAUCAGUUCUUGCAUUUUUCUUGCCAAAAGAUUGAGCCAGUUCUUGCUGGGCUUUAAUUGGUAAUAUUUUAUUUAGAGGACGACUUGCCUGAAACCUCACCCUUUGGGCAAGGAAGCUUUAAAAGUUACUUGCCCAGCAAGAAAAUCUACCUGUCCUGGACUGCCAGAUGGGUUUUCUCGAGCCCUUCCCUUGGGCCAAUCUUUCUGUUUAAAGUUUCCUACUGGGGGCUCAUUUUUUUAAGAAUUGAGGUGGCUAGAAAAAGUGAAGUGACACCAAAAGAAAGAACCUUCUGACUCAACAAGUAUUUGGCUUUUGUUUUCAGAAUAAGCAAACGUUGAAUUUACUUGUCUCAAAAAUUCAAACUGGUGGCUCCUUCUACCUGAUAGUAAUUUAUUUUUGAAAUUCCAAAACAAUUUCACACCUGAAUUUUGAGCAACUUUUAGUUACGGACUUCUGCUCCAACGAUUAUUCUGAAAUUCCCCUGGCAUAUUUCUUAUAUCAAUUAAAGCCGAUACCAGAAAUUUCAGUAAAAAAUAUCAGCAAAAUUUUUUACUAGACCCGAUUUUCUUUGAACAAUAGGGUCCUUUUAAGCAUUAAUUUCUCAAGAAAUAUUUACCAUCAAUGAAAUCGGAAUAUUUCGUAUUAUUGCCGAAUGAAAUCUGUUGUUCUUUGCAAAGUUUUGCAGCCAUCGCAUUAAAAACCAAAAAGUUAUGAUGGAAAAUUUGUCACAGCAAAAUGCUCUUGUAUUAAUUACGGAGCCACCUUAAGUCCUUUGUUCUAUCACUCUAUAUACUUUGUGAUAAAAAUUGGUAAAUGUGAUCUACAGGAGUAAUUUCUCACCGAACAAAUCAACACAAGCAGAGACCAGAAAAGCAUCAUUAUCACUAGCUGUUGAUGACUUGCGAGUUGCAGUUGAGAAAGGGAACAUCGCUGCAGUUCAAAAGUAUUUAGAUGAUGGUGAGUGUUUUUUGACUGUAGACUCUCUAAGUUUUUUGGAAUAAUAUUAUGAGUCACUCUGAAUUAGAUCAGUUCAUUGAUCAAUUUUUGUUAGUGGUAUGAGGGUUAAUCCCUUCAAUCUUGAGCUGCAACUAACCACCUGCGUGGAACGACGUCUCUUGUACUCCUUGUGAUGUCAUCAGUUUUAACAGUCAUAGACAACUUCAAUGUCUUUCUAGUGCAGGGGGGGAGGUAUUUUGAACCAUACCAGAAUAAGCACAAUUUAAUCAAACGGGCCAGAAAAAAAAAUUCUUAAAACAAUGCAGCACAAAGAUAAGCAUCCAAAAAGUGCAUUCAAUAUCUCUGUCCAAAAUUUCUGUACCUAAAUGCAUCUGGAUCGACUGUGUACGUGUAGGUGCAUCAUUGACAUAAUUAUCUGCAUAAAGCUCAUUAGUACGCAAGGCUGUCACUCAGUUCCAGGGACCAGGGACUACAUGUAACUACCCCUGGCUACUUUGGUAAGAAGUAAACUAAGGAAAAUAAUUUAACCAGAAGAACUUCGUUGCUGUUAAAUUCCUAUGCCUACUAACUGCAUAUAGAUUUCAAGUUGUCAGGUUUAUUUAAUUUAUUUAACCUACUGUAGGUUGAUUCUCAAUUUCCUAUGUCUCGUAGCCCUAGAAAACAAAAAAAAAUGAGCAUGAACCUAGGUUAAAAUUUUUUAUCCUGAAAUUGAAUUUGACCUGUAACAUACAGUGUAUACAUGAGCUAGAAGCCUUAUUAUCCAUUAUUGGAUUGAUUGUUGUUUCCUAUUAAGCAUAUUUCUCUCCGUUUAUUUGGUAUACAUUUUCUUAAACAUUCUUAAAAUCUUUUUCCAAGCUUCCAAAAUUAAUGAAAUAUUUUUUGUCUUGCAGGGAUUGAUCCUGAUGUCCAUUUAAAGUCUGGCUGGACCUGUCUGAUGUUAGCAGCUAGUUCAUCAUCAUAUGAAUUAAUGGAAUUUCUAGUAAACAGAGGGGCAAAUGUUAACUUCCAUAAAGGUAUACGUUUUAGAGGAAAUGGGAUAAGUUUGCAACAAUGUUAUUUAGCUUUUUUACUUGCAUUCUAUAGGUAACUUUUUUUUCCUAAAGUUGGAUAGUGAUGAGGUAAAUUGCUCACUGUUAACCAUUUUAAUGUCCGCAGUGGCCAUUGUAAAACUUCACAAGCAUUCCAUUUUUUUUUUGUUUUUUUGAAUCAGGAAGGGAUAAAUAGUUUCUGUAACACACAAGAGUUCUGCCAAAGACGUUUUAUUUGAAUGGCAACACUAAAGGAUUUCAUCUACAGAUUUAAAACAAUUUAAACUGACAAAACACACUGCCGCAACUUAGUGACACCACUACUAGUUUUCCCGCAAAAUGAUGUUUGAGGUAUGUCUGCUGAAAUUCUAUUCUAAUGGUGUGUCACUACCUGGGUAGUACUUCUGAUUCGUUGAAUCAAAUUUCCCUUGUUGCAAGACCGAUCAGAAGCACUACCCAGAUCAGGGUAGUGACAUGUUAUUAGUAUGGAAUUCCCCUAUUCAAUCAUCCCCGUGACUUGAAAUCCGGAGUACCCCGGGGUCAAUUCACAAGGAAACCAGUGGUGACAUUGCAGAAUGUCAGCUGUUUCCUCAGGCUACCUGUUUUGGGAAAUUCUCUCUGAAUAAGGCCUAAGCCAUAGAAAUUUACAAUGUACAUGUACCUCAAACCAUCAUUUUUGUUAUGACUGGUUUCACAUACAUGUAUCAGUGCAGUUGAUAUUAGGUCACUUUUGACUCCUUUUUAAUGCAGAGAUGUACACUGUGCUGAUGGCAACAUGUGCAACAUCUGCACGCAUUCCAGAAGAACAGGUUUUCAAGUGUGUUGAACUGCUGCUACAGAAGAAUGCCAGAGUCAAUGUUUACGAUAAGUNAAAUAGUUUCUGUAACACACAAGAGUUCUGCCAAAGACGUUUUAUUUGAAUGGCAACACUAAAGGAUUUCAUCUACAGAUUUAAAACAAUUUAAACUGACAAAACACACUGCCGCAACUUAGUGACACCACUACUAGUUUUCCCGCAAAAUGAUGUUUGAGGUAUGUCUGCUGAAAUUCUAUUCUAAUGGUGUGUCACUACCUGGGUAGUACUUCUGAUUCGUUGAAUCAAAUUUCCCUUGUUGCAAGACCGAUCAGAAGCACUACCCAGAUCAGGGUAGUGACAUGUUAUUAGUAUGGAAUUCCCCUAUUCAAUCAUCCCCGUGACUUGAAAUCCGGAGUACCCCGGGGUCAAUUCACAAGGAAACCAGUGGUGACAUUGCAGAAUGUCAGCUGUUUCCUCAGGCUACCUGUUUUGGGAAAUUCUCUCUGAAUAAGGCCUAAGCCAUAGAAAUUUACAAUGUACAUGUACCUCAAACCAUCAUUUUUGUUAUGACUGGUUUCACAUACAUGUAUCAGUGCAGUUGAUAUUAGGUCACUUUUGACUCCUUUUUAAUGCAGAGAUGUACACUGUGCUGAUGGCAACAUGUGCAACAUCUGCACGCAUUCCAGAAGAACAGGUUUUCAAGUGUGUUGAACUGCUGCUACAGAAGAAUGCCAGAGUCAAUGUUUACGAUAAGUAAGCUGUUUUAAUAAUGAUGCUAUUAAAAUAUUCUUUGUGAAUUAACCCCUUCCUUCUAUUCAUAUAUUCUGCAAUUCUUUUUUUUCUGCAAACUACCUAGAUAUCGCAUGUCUCCGUUGAUAUACGCUGCAAGAGAAGGAAGAGUUAAAGUUUGCGAGAAGCUGUUAGAACAGGGUGCUGAGAUCAACAAGCAAGAUAUGCGUGGGUGGACGGUGAGUGUGGUUACCUGUUUUAGGUAGUUGGUAUGAGUCCUGAAGAUGAAACUAGUGUUUGCACUUGCUUUAACUUCUUGGAAACAUUAGGAUCUUUUCUUUUAAGCUUUGUAUCACACAGAUGUGUUGCUCAGCAGUUUUUUGAAUCUCACUGUAUAUAAAUAUCAAAAUUGUGUUCUAAUGUGUUUCUUAGUCUUUGUCAUUUGCGGCAAGCCGUGGUCAUGGUCGAGUUGUACGCACCUUGCUGGAUCUCGGGGCAGACCCUAAAGUUUAUUCCAAUGAUGGACAAACUGCAAGUGAUAUUGCCUACUCUAACGAAUACCAUGCUGUAAGUUCACCUGAGUUCUUUUGUCAGUUCAUGGUCACAUAAAAUAGAACAGUAAAUAAUAUUAUUCCUGAUUUCUGUUGCUAAUUUUUAGAGUUGUCUAACAUUUUAAAUGAAAUAAUAAGAUUUCAGAUAUUAUUUCCUUUGUGGCGAGUGGAAAACAGGUGGCUAGUACAGAAGCUGCUACUGAGGAAGCUAUGGAGCAAAGAAGGUUAGAGAACAAGGCUCAGUGUUAAUGCUCUUAGCUUCUGAAAAAUGCACACAUCCUUUUGCUGGGUAGAAAAUAAUUUAGCGGCAAAUACUAGCAAAACUGCACUUCAUAAGCCAACCCUAACCCCUAACCCCUAACCCCUAAACAAAUUCUGUUUGUGAAAGGAAAUGAAUCAGGUUUCUUUAAUGAGGUCUCUUGUUGUAAACAGUGUAGCAAAAAAGGUCUUGGUGGCACACCUCUACCCCUACUUCUGUUGAGUUCCUCUCCUCCCAGGUAAUAAACCUUGUUUUGAAAUUUUUCAAAAAUUUUUUGCCAUUAUUUGUAGUGUUAAUAUAACAGAAGACAGCUCACUCAGUUAUGGUAGCCUGGAGUUAUUUCUUGCUGGACAUGAACUAACACAUCUAUUGCCCAAAUUUCAGGUAAAAUAUUACCAUGAAACUAUUUGCUUGUUCAUGGAAUAAUUUAUUAUGGCCCACAUAUAAUGGAAUUGAAUGAAUGUAAGUGUUUCAGGGCUGUAGCCAGACUUCAGAACAAGAUGAGGCAAGUCUCAAGCGCUGAAUGCGCAAGGUGCUGAGGGCAUGCCCCCCUAGAAAAUUUUGAAUUCUAGAGGCUCAGAAAUGCUCUUGUAAGCAUUUUCCGUGGUAUUUUUCUUCAGAAAAGUCAAUCUUGGGCAACUGUAGAAGUUCACUUUUUUAUUGCUUAGCGAUACUGAUGCCAAGUUAAUGACCAUCUGAAUUUAAAGCAUUUGAAAAACCGCUACUCACCGUUCACAUGAAAUGAAUUAACCUCAUUAAAAUGCUUUUCCCCUCAAUUCAUCCACCUUAUAUUAGCUGGUCUUACCUUCACCAAUCCGAUUUUUGCUAGGGAUUAUUUUCUCAAUUAAACGUUUCUUCCCCCAAAAAAGGCCAAAAUCAAGACGAGGCAACUGCUACCUACAGCCCUGUGCUUUUGUUGAAAGCUGGUUUUCACUUGCGAUGGUGUCAGAGUCGGAGUCUUAAUCAGAAGGGUACAACAUGACGUUCCAGUGAAAACAGUCGUCUGAUUCCUCUUAUGACUGUGUCGGGUACGAUCUAGUGAAAAAUAGGUUGUCUGAAUCGCAAGCAAAAGCGGAAGAGCAAAAUCAAUCCUUCCCCUUCUGCUUCUGAGUUCGCCUGACAAAACAGCCAACAAUGCACGAAGCCACCACUGAUUUUCGCUCGAAAUGAAGUCUGUGGAAUGAGUGCGAAAAUUCCAUACUGAUGACGCGUCACUACCCAGAUCUGGGUAGUGCCGGCUUCUGAUUUGUUGAAAAUUUGCUUCAUGCUUCAACCUUUAUAGAAUACACCGGUAAAGACUUGUAUUUUUUUCAUUCUUCAGGAACACAAGGUUACAUUUGAUGGUUUCUUGAGUCUGACAGAAAAGGAACUGGACCAGGUACAUACCUAUUAA